AUCUGACACGACGAGUGUCAAGAUUUAAAAAAAGAAAAAAAAAAAAAAAAGAAAAGAUGGCCACAGAACCAGUAACAGAUGCUCUAAAAGAGCCACAACAUAUCGAGCCCCCACCUGGCGAGGCCGAGAACGAAGACGAGCUCGACGACAUCUUCGAGGAAGACGACGACUUCGACCUGGACGGUCCCUCCUAUAACCGCCAGACCACCAGCGGCCCAGCCGGCGCGAAGCCAGCUGCCAACACGCGCGCAAGCGUAGACGACCAGAUCUCCGCCCUCUCCAAGCACGCCGCCAAGAUCCGCCUCGACGAUGUCAAGCAGUCGCAGGACCGCGACAAGGACAAGGCGGACCGCGCAACCUCCGAGCUGGUCCUGGACCAGCGCACCCGCAUGAUCCUGCUGCAGAUGAUCAACCGCGGUGUGGUCAACGAAAUCCACGGUGCUAUCAGCACGGGCAAAGAGGCCAACGUAUACGGGGCUGUGUUGCACCCGGACGACGGGAGCGAGCCGGUCCAGAGAGCCAUCAAGGUCUACAAGACGGCGAUCCUCGUGUUCAAGGACCGCGAGAGGUACAUCACCGGCGAGCACAGAUUCAAGAGCGGGGCCGACAAGGGUAACAGCAGGAAGAUGGUCAAGCUGUGGGCAGAGAAGGAGUUUAGAAACCUGAGGAGGAUAUAUGCUGCUGGCAUCCCGUGUCCCGAACCCGUCUCGCUGAAGCUUCAUGUCAUGGUCAUGAGCUUCCUGGGUGACAAGAAGGGCUGGGCGUACCCGAGGCUACGGGACACUGGUGUAAACAGUGACGAGGAGUGGAGGGACCUCUACAUCCAACUGCUCGGCAUCAUGAGGCGGUUGUACCAGGUCUGCAGGCUGGUGCACGCGGACUUGAGCGAGUACAAUAUCCUAUACCACGACCACAGGCUAUACAUCAUCGAUGUGUCGCAGAGCGUUGAGCACGACCACCCUCGAUCCCUCGAAUUCCUGCGUAUGGAUAUCAAGAACGUUGGUGACUUCUUCCGGCGCCAGGGUGUGGACACUCUUGCGGAUCGGACCAUAUUCAACUUUAUCACUGCGCCCGAGGGGCCAGUAGAGGAGCCAGAGAUGAAAAACAGCAUCGAGCACCUCUACGAGGUCAGAGUUGCCGCUGGAGAUGAUGAGCAAGCACAAGCGGAUGUGGAAGUCGACAACGAGGUCUUCCGAAACCAGUACAUCCCUCAGACAUUGGAGCAGGUCUACGACAUUGAGGUUGAUGGUCAGAAGAUCGGUGCUGGCCAGGGCGACUCCCUCGUCUACCGCAACCUCCUUGCUGAUCAGGUCGUUCUUCCCAAGGACGGAGAGGCUGCGGCCGAUGGGGCAGGCGACAGUGACGGCUCUGAUGAUGAAUCUGAUGAUGGAGCUGCUCUCAGUGACGACGACGACGACGACGACGAGAGUGACAUUGGAGAGACUGAUGGUAGGCCGCGUGGGAAGCGAUUCCAAGAUAAGGACGAGAAGAAGCAACACAAGCAGGCAGUCAAGGAAGCGAAGCGGGAGAAGAGGAAAGAGAAGAUGCCCAAGCAUCUGAAAAAGAAGAUGGUCUCGUCAACAUCUAGAAAGAAGAAAUAGAUGCUAUUAUAUGGGCUGCGAGGCCUCGCAAGGCCACGCAUGC